AUGUUGGCUUUGGCUAUAGCCUUACCAAUCAUUGGAAGUUACAUCAUUACUUCUGUUGUUCUUCUGAACUUUCCAACGAUUCUACACAAAAGGAAGAACACGAAGUUUCGAUGUCGGCACAUCAGUCAUCGAGGAGGUUUGGUGUUCCUUAGCUUUUAUAGAAAAUUGUGUGAAAUGCUAGUUACUCUUAAGCUUAAGUCCAAAAUUAUCCAAAGACUAAAAUACUUGAUAAGAGCAGUUUGACAACAGAAACCGUAAGUAUGUUGGCGAAAGGCGUUUGAUCUGCAGCAAUGCAACUUAAAUUAAAUUUCACUGGUUUCUUACUUUAUCAAUCGUGGGGUCAAUAAAUUAAACUUAAUAUAAAUUCAUUGGAGCCACAGAUUGAAGCAAUUAACAUGUAUAUGAAAGCAAUUAAGUUGAGCUGGAACCAAAUCGAUGAAGAAUUUUUUGCCUCGAGAGCCUUCAUUCAGGUGUUAAAUUUCUCCUUGGUGUAAGCCGAAACUGAAGUUUUAGUCACAGUUAAUUAAUAAUAUUGUUAUUGUUUGGGCUUGGGUAGGCCACCUGUUUGUGAAGGGAAUAUAUGAGCUAUGGUUGAUGAAAAGGUAGCAUUACUUGUUGCUGGGAAAACAUGAAAACUAAGGGAAAAAAUGGUUGUUCUUGAUAAAUAAAAAAUCCCUGCUCCAAUGGCAUUUUGUUGGAAAAAAAUUUCCUUAUACAUUAACAAACAGCUUCCACACUGAAAAACAGUGCAUGUUGGAUUUUUACAAAUACAGAAUGUGGCUGCUUCUCAUCCAUGUGUUUUGAUAAUUCUUGAAAAUUUUCUUAUACAAGGAUGAUGUUAUCCACCUCAGCUGACAACAUCCUCUUCAAUCUGCAUAAUUCUUCACAUCAUACCCAGCCUCAUUCAAUAUAAUUGUUAAAAAUACCUAACUCUUCCUUAAAAAAUGGCUUGUAGAUGUUCCUCUUUGAGAAUGUGUUUCCUUUAUUUUUUUAACUGAUUUCUAUGAUUUUGAGGCAUCCUCAACCCUCAAUUCUGGUUUUUCAUAACCUGUAGAAAGUGCUUUCUCUUUGGGCUCCUCAGGGGUCACCUGAGAUGUGAAAACAAAGCCAUGGAACUCAGAUCUAUAUUGUAGUUAAUUUUUAUCCGAGUUAAUUUUUAUUUUUCCAUUGUUUUGGGGUAUGGUAAUGUAUGCUAAUGAACUUGAAACAAACCCAAAACAAAAAUGAACUGGGAUAAAAAAUUAACUGCAAUAUCUACAUUAAAGAUAUAGCAAAUUUAAUGUGUGAGUUCUUUUAUCAGGAGAGAAAAGAUCACUCCCUAACCUCUAGACAGGAACCACCUGUUAACUAUGGUCACUAUAAAGUUUUUGUUCUGACAAUGGAUUUAUUUUUUCUUGUUUAUUCUAGGAGCAGCUGAAAAUUUAGAAAAUACCAUGACAGCCUACCAACAGUAAGCAUCAUUUUGUAUUAUUUGUUUGAGAUCUUUUUUGUUUUGUUUUUUCUUUUAUGGUACUCUAAUUUUUACCUCAUAAUUUGCCAGCUUAUAAACGUUACUUUGCUUUAUAAAGUGCUCUAGAAAUGGGAACAGAGAUGCUUGAACUUGAUGUCCGUUUGACGGCUGACAAACAGGUAAAGAGGUCAAAGAUAUUACAGUUUUCAUCUUCCUUGAAGAAAGAAAAAACGAUUUUUGGUAAACUUCUGCGCUUCCUGGCAAGUAUGCGCGGUUACUUGCUUUGCACUUCAAAUGUUAUGGAGCAAUGAUCACAUGCUCUGAUAAAGCUACCUUGAAAUAUAUAAUUAAUGAUUUACUGCCUUCCUCCUGAUGGGCACCCUCUUGUUGGUGGUGAUUGUGUUUUUGUUGAGAAGCAAACAAAAUUAAUGAUGAAUUUUUCUUAAUUGUAACAAUGAUUAUUUUGAUUUUGAGCAUUACAUACAAUAUUUGUUUAGACACUUAUAAUGAUAAAAAAUUUUUAUUACUACAAUAAAACCAUUCACCCAUCUUACAGACAUAUUACCUUUGAUUAUGAUCAGUACAUGUACACAAUGUAUGUUACCUCCACAUUUACGAGUGGAGUCAAGUACAAGUACAAGUACACUUUAAGGUAAUUGGAUCAUUAGCACACUGUAGAAACAAAUCCACCAUAAUAUAGUACAAAAUCAUCUAAGUGCUAAGAAUGGGCUGUUUUUCUCUUGCAUAAGGUUGUUGUAUGUCAUGAUAAUGACCUCUCCCGAGUGACACUCUCUGAUUCAGUUAUCAGUGACUUGAAAUAUGAGGUGAGAUGAUCUCAUGAAUAAGGUUACGUUGUUAAUAGCGUGGCACACGAAUGAUGUCAGAGUGACUAAUUUGCAAUUUUUGUCUGAGUUGGGUCAUUUUUCUCAUUUCAAUGACAAAAGUCAUACAAAAGUGAGGAAUUCACUAAUGUUAAUUUCAGUUUGUUUGUCUGAGUUUCGGGUCUCUAAAUAGUAACUGUGCACAGCACUAUUACACGUUGCUACCGCAAUGAUGAACUUUUUUUUUCCCAGUAAAUUGUAUUCUUCUCAGCUAAAAGAAACUAAUGUGGAGACUGCAAAGAAAUUCUUGUGAAUCAGGAUGGUAGCAUCCAGGAUGGUAGCAUGUUAAGGGCUGAAAUGUAUACAGCGUACUUUAAUAUGUGCAAUGUAAUGAUGUGUUUAAUGUAAUAAGCCAGUGCCAAUGUACGCCUAAUAUUGAAUAACACUCUGUUAUCCCUUAGGACUUACCCCUUCUUAUGAAUACACUGACAGUACAGUUUCAACCAGGUAUAUAAUAUUACUGGUAGUACUACUAGUGUGAACACUGCUUUUAGCUUUGUACUGUAUACUAAGUGUCUGUGGAAUAAAAUAAUAUAGCCGUUUUCCUUGAAAUGGAUAACAGAAAGUACCCAUUUCCAGUUGUAACUAAAUUGAGAAGGGGCUGGGGGAGGGGAUGGAAUAUAGUUUUACUUAAGGUAGUGAAGAAAGAUUAUUUUAUAACAACGGUAAUAGUUAUUUAAUAUUAGCAUAUGCCCUCUUGAAAUACUAGGAACUUUGAACACAGUAUUGCUUCCUGCAGCAGAAAAUAAUAACAUUCAUUGCAAUCGAGAUCACUGUUUUACAUGUAUCUCUUAUUGUACAGUAAAAUUGUACCUGAUACCUUCAACAGCUGUGGGUAUACCAAUUCCUUGCCUUGUAGGAUGAAUCUAAGAAUGCAUAUUUGGUGCCUUAAAUUUAUCUGAAUUUGAGCUCUGUGAAAUUGCCACACACCUGUCCAAUACUAUACUACUUUUGAAUGUUUUGUGAUACAUAUAAUAGUCAGUACCAAGUGUCCUCCAGUAAUGAAGAUACCAGUACAUUGUAUCAUAUAAGGAGCCCACCUUGUGGGCUGUAUGCAUGUAGCAGUGCACAGUUCCUCAAAGAAACAUGUAGCAUCCUAUAUUUGUUUGCCUUUUUCUGAGAGUCAUAUCCUUAUUGAUUAAUAUAUAAAUUUUUUUCUCCAGGUGUGACUUGCAUGGCAAAGAAUGGUGAUCGUAAAAUUCCCUUACUUGAAAGUGUUUUUAAAGCCUUUCCUGAUAUUCCAAUUAAUGUAGAUAUCAAAAGUAAUUCUGAUGAGCUUAUAAAUAAGGUGAGUGUGCAUGUAAGAAUUAUGAUAUUAAUAUUUUGUUUUACUGUAGUAUGUAGGGUAUACAUAAUUUACAUUGUAAAUUUUCAAUACAAUUAUAUAUGUAUCUAAACAAAAAAGGAGACAGAUUAGGUUUAUUUACAUGCCAAUGUAGGUAUUCAUGUCACCUCAUGGGGUGAUUGUUUUAUGAUUCUAAAAUAUCAUUGGGCAGAGUAUUCGAUCCAUUUACUAGUCGAAUUACAAUCCAGUAGAAGCUCAUUACUGAUUUUAACCUCUUAUGAGUUUCUGGAUCCAUUCUCACAAACCCAAUAUAAUAUCACCCAGCGCAACAAAAUUUGGAACAGGCUUUUUAAAACUUGGCCAUUUUCUAUAACAGGUUUUAUAAUUAAGUGGACCUUAAAAUGUUUAUUUUCAUAUUUUCUGUAACAUGCUUUCACUAUAAUUCAUAAUUUAGACUCACGAGUUAAUCUGCAAGUACAACAGGAAAAAAAUAACAGUGUGGGGAAACUUUUCAAAGGAGGUCACUGAAAAAUGCUACAAGAAGGUACGGUUUAAAAUGCAUUCAAACUGCAGUGUUGUGUAAAGGUUAAGAAUUUUUAGAGUGAAACAUGAGAAUUUUUAUACUCUAUUUUAUAGUCAGAGUCAAUUUCUAUAUUUAUAUUGUAUAUUUUUUGUAUUUGUAGGAUCCAGAGAUUGCAGUAAUGUUUUCAAUGCAGCGUGCAGCCCUGCUCAUUUUUUUGUUUUAUUCUGGAUUGUUGCCUUUCAUUCCCCUCAAGGAAUCCUUCCUAGAAAUUAUGCUACCAGUCACAAUGAUCAGGUAAAAAACUGUUAAAUGAUUAAGUCAUCAAAUAACCCUUCGAGUCCCAAUAUUCACAAACAAAUUCUCCAGACUAAGCUCCACACAUUUCCCUUUGAUAUGAUGAUAUUCUGAUAUUCUGAUAAUGUAUUGAUAUUGUUUGAAGAGAAAUUGAUGUUGGUCACUCUUGGCACUUAAGGAGGUUAAUGGAGAGGAGUCUAAGUUCCACAUUACCCCAUUACUAUUAUUUAAAACUGUAUGAAAAACAAACAAAAACACCUACUUCCUGAAGUUUCCAAUGUGCUAACCAGUGUUUUGCCCUGAGUAAAAGAGGUUUUGAGUUCUGUACUGCAUGUGAUAAUUUUCUUGGUUUCCUUCCCAGGCGAUUUGAAGUUCCAUGGACCAUGAAAGCCCUGUGUCAUAUAGUUGAUUGGUAAGUGGCAAAGUUUGUAGAAUAUUUCAGGCCCUAGUUGUUCAAAAGAUGGAUAACACCAUCUAUAUCCAUGGGAUUAAUCUCUAUCCAGUAAAUAAUGCAAUUUUUUCCCUUAUACUUGAACCCUGGAUAUUUUAUCCAAUGAAUAGCUCUAUCCAACAUAUCCUGAACAACCACGCCCAGGAUGUCAAUUCUCGUUAAUUCUGGAAGCAGUUAUCCUCAGAAUCAAAACCCAAAUUGUGAGAGUAGAUUGCUCUCUGAGGAAAAAAUUCUCAGGGAAAAUAGUCACUUAGUGACCAGUCCUAAGGGACAAAAAUAACUUUGUUUCCUGAGAAUCUCAAUGUUUUCUGAGGUGGAUCCGAGGAAACCAUUGAGAUUCAAGAGAACAGAAUUAACUGGUUACCUCAGGGACAACUCAUUACAAUGUACGUGUUUAAUGUGUUAUAAUAAUAUUAUAGCCCUUGCCGAAAAAAUCCUGCAAAAUGUACAUGCAGAAAUAUCUGAAUUCAAGUGAGUCCUCAGCACUCACAAGUAACAGUGUACUGUUUCCUGAAAUAUUACUUGCUCAGAAAAUUUUGGGAGGAAACAUUUUGUUAGAUGUCAUGUGACCACAAAGUAGCUAAUGGAUUCGUUGAAGUCAGAAAAGUUUUUCAGGCCACUGUCAUGUUGCAAAAAGGUGCCAGUGGUGUAAAAGUUACGACAAAGUGUUGAGUGUUACAGUCGUACUUUGUAAGGAAGUGUUUUUGGAAAAUUAAUAUUGCGCACAGCUCAUGAGAUACUUGUAGCACAUGAUCAUUUUUGUUUUAUACUUUAGGUUUAUGGUCAGUCCUAUACUGUUUAAACAUUUGGACAAGAGAGGAAUUCAAGUAAGCUAAAAGCAUUGAAAUAAGUCUUUUUUUGACAUCCCCCCCCCCCCCUGCCCCAGAUAUACCACUGUUGAAACCUUCUUUUCAUUUACUUAGCAUUUCUCAUAAAGACCGUAUACAAACAUUCCUUGUGAUAAGUAAUGAUAUUAACAUGUUGUAGUGUCCAGUAUGAUAAAUCUACAUCUGUACGGUCCGAGUUGGUUACAAUAAUAUUGGUAGCCUGGGGUUUGUAAGAAAUGUCCGUGGUGGACUGUUUUUGUAUUGCCUGUUUUAAUACAUACUGGUACUUUUAAAUUAAUCAAAAUUUUGACGUUUGGACUGCAGUUGUCUUUCAAUGUUAUAGGGUUGUCAAAAGACAUUGUUUACACUCUUCAGAAUGGCAGUGUUUUCGGCCAACAUUGUAUUAUUCAUUGCCAGAUUUUUCACUGCAGUGCUUAAUUAAAUUACUAUUAUAAAUAAUUAAUCAUUAUGAUUAAAAUCACAUACUUAGUAACAAGAAGGAAUCUCUAGUUUGUCAAUUUUAAAGGUGAAUGUACAAAACAACAUUUAAAAUUGGGACAACAGAGUACCUUUACAGUUCACUACAACAUAAAAUUUUUAGGUGAGGAUCGAUCAGUGAUCCAAGAUCACUCGGAUCAUAAGAGGCCCUGCCAGGGGGGGGUCCCAUGUCGCCCGUCUGAAUUUUAAAAUGUUUCAUGUCGGUGUUUAUAAAUGCUUGUCACUUAUUGUCGGUGUUGCCGUCACUGUCGCAAUGUGGCGGAGGAAGGUUGUCUCUUGUUGCAAAUUCAUUUUACGCGCUGUAGCUACUUUUUGGGCCAUGUUGCUUGUCAGAAUUUACCCUGGCAGGGCCUCUCAUAACACAUGAAAUGAACAGAUGAGUCCACCCAAUGAAAGAGUCAUGGUGUGAGUGAUCUUGGGUUCCAAUUGAAUGCACUCUUUGGUUGUGAUAUUUUCUUAUGAUAUAAAUGAUUAUUUUUUGAAAUCUGUAGACUUACCUUUGGGUUCUUAAUGAUGACCAUGAGUUUGACUUGGCUUUCAACAAGCUGAAGGUGGCUGGAGUUAUGACAGACUAUCCCUCAAGACUAAAGUAUUAUCUUGCCAAUAAUGGCACCGCCUCUCAGCAUGCCCCUAAUAUUGUAAACGAUAAAGAUGAACAUAGUGAAUUGAUUAAAAAACAGUAGGUUUUAUAAAGCCCAAGAAGUAUAGUAACAAUAGUUUAAGUUGUCAAAGGAAAACGUGUGUAACUGUAGUUGUAGUGUCUUUAACUCGUUAAAAUUAUACAAGAUAUUACACAAACCAUGGAUGUGAGUUAUAAAAUGUAUUCAAUGUACAUCUUGAGCUAUAAAAUAUAACUGUAUUACUAAGCUCAAUAGCAUAAACAAAUAGGUACUGCAUACAAGGUCGUAGGUGUGUGUCACAUCAAUAGGUGUGCUGCACUUGUUGAAGUUCUGAGAAGUGUAAUUUGAAGCUACUUAGGUUUUUUCAUGUAAACUUCUUCAGGCUUGCUAAGAUGAUGUAUCACGGGUAGUUUGGUUUGAAAUAGGGUUGAAGUUUUGUGGCCAGGAGUCUAAAUAGGGGAGAUUUAAAUCUUUUCAACUCUUUUAGAUUCGUCUUUCAAUUUAAUGUAACUGGAAUUUUGAGUUAAAAGCUUAUCGCUCUAGUUAAAAAUUUUCUGAGAAAAUUUGGCUCAAACUUUGGCUUAAUGCUAGGUUAAAGUUCACAACCUUUCGAGCUACACUUGUGAACAUGCACUUACAUUUGACAUGCUAGGAAUCAAAAGACUUUGGGAGCAAUUCAAGAAGGCCGGGACAUUGUAUGUAGCUGCAGGCAAUCCAUGGCUUAUUGGGUAGAGCAAUACAUAUUAUUUUUGGUAUUUCGUCUUCUUUUAUUUGAUUAUUUGAUACCUAUUUAUUAUAACAAAUGACAUUUUUCGAUUCUCCACUACUGUUAGUUACUCUCUAUUUAAUUAAAUGACAAGAAAUAAGACAUUGUCAGCAAAAAUAAAUAACCAAUUAAUUCCAAAGCCAU